AUCGGUUUUCGGAAAAUUUUCUGCUGCCAUCGGCGACGUUGGGCGAUGACCAAUGUUUCCCUUCUGUGUUUGGGUGUUUCAAUUCAUUCGCAACUGUCGCGGUGUACGGACGUGAAAUACGGACACGGACACGGAAACGGAUACGCGGACCAAUACAUACAGAAUACAUAAUUUUUUUCUUUCUUCCAAAAGAAAGAAAAUACUUUAGAAACAACUUUCUUUCGGGACGGACGAAACGGCAAAUCGCAAACAGAUUUCAAUUAGAAAAACCACAAGGUUUUUCAUAAAAGAAAAGUGAAUUUAUAUUUUGCAUUCGUGUGUGAGCAGUGUGUGGUAAUUCAGUGAAAAGUAGACUUUGCAAAGUGCGGAAUAGGAGUGAAAAAAGCUAGAAGUAGCUGCAGUGGUAGAAGUUGCAAAAAGAAGAAGCAAAAAAUCGAAUUGUGGCGAAACGAAACGAGUGUAGUGUUAAGAAGGCAGAAAAAACAUAUGUAAAGGUUUAAAUGCAAACCAGUUUAUGAAAACGGACUGAUUUUCUAGCCAAACUCAAGCAAACAAUUUAGUAAAAACAAUAACAAACAAUCCAACCAACCGGCCGACCAACUCCACUUGAUGCGACACCACCAACAUUCAAUUCAAAUGUUGUAUGACUCAUAUCUCAUCAAGCAAAUCAUCAUUCUGGAGGAAUAAAACAGGUUAUUUGAUUGUUUUCUAUUCGAAGCUUAUAUUUACCAUAUAUCGCUACCAAAUGAAUGAAAGGUUAAUUAUACAUUAGUAGCGGCAACAACGCGAAAACUAAAGCAAAACGCAAGCGCAAACAACUGCAACGACAAUAGCAUUAAGAGAGCAUGAACAAUGCACAUGCACACACACACGCGAGCACAUAGUGUGGUAUAGCAACAACAGCAACAUUAGCACUUGAAGAAAUAAACAACAGCGCGAGUAGCGACUGAAGCUGCGACGCGGCAGCGGUAAUAAAUCAGUGACAACAACGGGCAAAAUGUUGACUGUAGUUGAUCAGCAACAACAACAGCAAGAGCCAGAGCAGAUAACUACAUACAACAACUUUAUAAAAACUAAAGCACAAGACGAACAUAAACGACGUCUCGCCACAAGGCUGCUGCCACAGAGACGCUAAGCAACGCGCCGCACCGGCAAAACAAAGUGAACUUCAUACAAAUGUGUAAACAAAGUUACGAGCCACUACAAUAAAAACAACAACUAAGCUAAUACACGCGGCAUACAGUGCAGAAAAACAACAGCUACAUAUGUGCAUACAUCAAUAAGUGAUAUUGUUGCUAUUGUAACUGCACAUUUUUUCCCUCUAUUGUUGCAUUAUCAGCGCAGAGCAAGAGCAGCGCUGCAACGUAAGCGUAAACUAGAAGUAAGCGAAUACCUGGAGCUAGUUAAUUGUUGGACGUCUUGGUGGACACUUUGAAGUCGAGAAGCUAGAAGCGCGGACACUCGCACACGCUGAAGUGUUUACACGAGCAACAGCUGCUAUAACUCAAGCAUUAGCAACUAAGCAACAACAACAGCGAAGUGUAUUUGCAAUACAGUUUUUUAGAAUUGUAGAUUCAAUUUUGCCGCUAAAAAAUUGUUGGUUACUGUGCUAAGUGGUGGAAAACAAACAGGUACAGCGAAAGCAACAACACCAGCAACAACGGUAGCGGUUGCAAACUAACAACAUCAACGCAUUGUCACUUCAAGUUGCUAGCAUCCCGUUUUGGUUGGUCGGCAACGCUGAUUGAGUGUCACAAAUAGCAGAAGGAACGCAGUAAAUGGCAAGAAGUUGCGUCCAUCCGCAUAGCUAAGGCAAACAGUGUACGCCUGUUGUCAACCAUAAUUGCAGAGCCAAGAAUUUUCGCAUUCAUUGGCGUUUUUGUGUUGCCAUGUGCAGAUGCAACGGCGCACAGCACAGAAAUAGUGGCAAAUAGAAUAGCAUAACACAACAUAGCAUAGCACAGCGCUGAACGUGAGGCUAAAGGAAGCCACUCACACAUACAUACAAACAUACAUAUAAGCAUUCUUACUUAUAGAAGUGUAUAUAUUUAAGUUUAAAUUUAUAUUAUAUACCCAGCAGAUUUCGUUGUUGCAUUUAGUUUAAUGUGGCUGCAUUUUAAGGCAACGACAGUAGCGGAGUAAAUUUGUUUUUGCUUCUGACUUAGUUCAUACGAGCGAUUUUCGAGCGUUAAAAUAAACACAAGCCAAAGUAGCAUUUGCCUACAUUUAGUAGCUGCGGCGGACAAUAAACACAGUACAAACAACAACAAAAAGAAUCGUAUAAAAGUCGCAAUUUGAAAUUGCAAUUUGAACGCAACAGACAGUCGCCAUUUUUCAUUGCCUGGGAAUAAAAAACACUUCAUUUACAAUAGCAUAGAAUCUGGUGUUUUUGUUGUUUUUUUUUUACGUUUUUUUUACGUUUUUUAUUGCCACAGCAAAUAAAACCGACACGGUAAAAGAACAAACGCGCGCCGAGUGGCGACAAGCUGAAAAGAAUUCGUCGAGCGUGACUGUAAAGUGUGGAAGCAUUAAAGCAAAACGGCGGAUCAGUUUGCUGGUAGCAGAAAAAACUACUCAGUGCAAUAACAAAGAGUACGCUUGCAACAAUAGCAUGCGCUAACGGUAAAGCAGUCAUUUGCCUAAUGAAGCAUUAGAUAGCGCAAAAACAACUUGCAAGCAAACAGACACUCAUACUUACAACAACAGUAAGCAAAGCAUAACAAAUAACAACAAUGCACAGUGCAACACAUUCACCAACAACGGCCGCGCCAUCAGCGAUGCAACGUCCCAACGUGACUGCCAAUGGCCUUGAGUUAACCACAACGCCUCCAGUAGCGCCCGCGCGGCACACGCGCCCCUUGCCCGCACAGCGCGCCGGCAGUGGCUGUGUCAGCGGCAAUGGCAGCAGCUCAUCCACGACCACAUCGUCGCCACCGCAAUACAGCGAGGAUUUACGGCGCGCCAAUAUGCCCACCACAUUGGAUUUGCUGCCGCGUCAAGGCAGCGUUUCGUCGACCAAGACCUGCGAAGUCGAUUUGGGCGAUGAGGAGCGUGACACUUUUUCGCCUGUGAGCACCGCCACCAGCAGCAGCGAUGGCGUCGUAGACGAAUGUGUGGACGGUAGUAGUCCCAGUGAUGGUGCCGUGCUGACUGCAGGUGGUGGUGGUGAUAACGUUGGCAGCGUCGCAGCGCGCGCAAUCAACAAUGGCGGUAGCUCAUUUGAUAAUAAAGCCUACGAUGGUGUGCAUGUAUCUACGGCAGCACCAACGCCAGCCGCGCGUUUGAAAGUGUCCAAUGGCAGUGGAGGCAGUGCGGUGGCUGUAGCUGGUAGCGGUAUUCAUUCCACUUCGAAGGAGGAGAAGCAGCGACAGAACGAGGAGAUCGUCAUUAUGGAAACGUCGUCGAUUUCUUCGGAAACUGGCUCGUGGGAAUCUGUGUUUCCACACGCUAACAGUAUUGCUGCAGGCAGUAUAGUGUCCACAGCAGCAACGGGCGCCCCCAUUGCAGGCAUUAACAGCACAACAACUGUUGGAAAAAUUGGUGAAGUGAGUUUUCCUGCUUUUAGUACAGAAUUUUCUCAUAGUGAAAACAAACUGCCUAAAGCAGCCUUCGAGCUGCCGAAGGAGCGCGAUAAAUGCGGCGUAGCCGAGCUGCAAGUUAAUUUACUUAAAGAACCUGAUAUUGCACCCUAUCUACGAGAGCGUACCUACUCAACGGGCGCGUCUGUAACUGCAGACACCAGCUCAUUAUUCACUGGCAUCAGUGCACAUUCACUGUUGCGUGAUCUUGAAAGGCGUGAGAAUCCAAUGAAUUCUUCUGGGCAUAGCGCUUGCUUUAUUGACGCAUCAUCGCUGCGUGACGAAGAUGAAGUGCUCUCCUUCCCAAGUCUGGAUGGACAGCAGUCGAAUGAGGAUGCUAAGGACAUUGAAGAACAUGUGGAAGAGCCAAAGAAAGCGGUUGGUGUAGAAGAUGAAGAUUCGCCGACCAAAAAACUUGAAUCAUUCCAUAAAGCAUUUGCCAAGUGCAAAGUGAAAUCCAAAGACUUGCCUGAACCUGUAGAAACAUGUGAUACAUCAAAGUCAAGUUCCAGUUCGAAUUCUGGGGCAGAUUCACCACAGAAACAAAUUUCAGUUGCCUCUGCCACUUCCACAAAUAAUCUCUCGGACGAGGAAAAACUAUGGAAACGUGAGCAUGAAAUUCAAAAGGCUCCACUGCAUGCUGAAACCAAGGAUGCUAAGGUUCAACAACUUGCUACCCAACAACAUGCCUCUACACAUGAGGAUGCCACUGAGGCCUCUGUUUCAUUGGCGGCUGAUGCUGAUUCCUCGGAUUCUUCAGAAAUCGUUAAAUUGCGUCGCGAACAAGAACAUAAGCCACGCCCAUAUAUUUUCCAACACAAUAUGCAACAAUUUAGUAUUCAUCCCUUGGCGGUGAGUCCUAAAUUUUCCGUGCACGGCUCGACAGGUGCCAGCAUUUCACAUCCGACUGCAGUAAAUGCUGCACACAAUGAUCUCAGCUACACAACCGACUACUCUUCAUCCAGUCCCGCGCCGAGCUUAGUUUGGUCCGAACAUGAGCACCGUCCUAGUUUAAGCGGUCGCGCUCAUGUCGAUGACUACGACGGUCACUCGCAUAAAGCAUUUACUCAUCCGGACACACCGCAUAACUCCAUAGCACACAUAGAGAACGCUUCAAGCAACAACUCUUCCAUACAUCGUGACUAUACAAUGUCUUCUUCACUAUCACACCAACGCGAUUCGGGCGCAUACUGCAGUGAUGCUACAGAUUCACCGGUACCAAUGCCACGCACGCCAAAACGCUCCAAGUUCGAUGAGUCAAAUCCCAUUAUUUCUGGUGGGGCUUCAAUCAAAGAUUUUGCGCCCAAGCAAUGCGAGAGCCCACCUGUACAUCGUCGUUUGGAGUCGUGCCCUAUUGUCUCGGGUGGCUUUGCUUCAUUAGACUUUGAACCGACACGUCCGCUGGCCGAUGAUGAUGACGAUCAGGUUGAAUUGCGUUCAAGACCGAAGACGCGUAAGCCUAUACCUGGUAUAGCGUCAUGGGUUGUGGAUAUGAGCGACUGUCGUUCAGAGCGUCGUAAGAGCACCAGUUCAACUUCAAGCAUGGAGGUAUCUGCUGGUAAAUUUCGGGAACGUUCCGAUUCGACAAGUUCGCAUAAGAGCGGUUGCGGUUUUUAUGUUUCUUUAGAUAAUAUGGAUAAUAAGCCCAAUACCGAUGAUCUCAAUAAAAAACCAAUGAAGCCGCAAAUGAGUAAAUCGUACACGGCACCGAAACCGACCGGCUUCUUUGUAAAUCUCUCGAAGAGCGAAUAUACAACGGCCGAAGAAGUCAAACCUGAGGAGCCUAAGUCUGAGGAUACAACGGCUGCAGAUAAGAAAAAUAUUUUUAGUAUGUUUAUAGAUAUAGGUGAGAGUAAGAAGCCGAUUGGAACUCCAAGGAAGGAGCCAUUUAGUUUAGCGCAACGUCUGUCUAGUUCGUAUGCUUCGCACGCUGCUCAAAAACGCGCUGACGAUGUGAUGCGUUCAAGCGCAAGCUCGACGGAAACAUUAAUGGCAAAAAGUAGCAGUUUAAAGAUGAAUAUAGAUAAUGAAAUAUGUGGUGAGAGCAAGUCGCUUGACUAUAAGUGCAACCUUGAACCACCUAUCACAGUCGCGGCCAUACGGCGGCUAUCACAGCAACAGCGCGCUCAAAACGACGCAACGAAGCGACACUCGUGGGGCAAUAAUGCCUCAAAAGAAGGUGUGACAUGCGACUACAAACGCUCCAUUAGUCUUACAGCAAAUUCAAAUGAGAGCGGUGGUAACGGACUAAUGAGUAUCAUCGAUAAAAUACCGUUAAUAUCGAAAGCAUCGUCAUUGUCGGUGGACAGCUCGUUGUCACCUUUCGACGAAUACACCGGUUCCAAGUCUGAGCUGAGCACAUGUUCUAACAAUUCGGCACGAAACUCGGUAUCGGGUGGAGAACGUGAUGAUGAGGUAUUUCUCUCUGGUACUGGUGCCGCAAACGGUGGACGCGUUAAAAGACGACGUCGUGAUGUACAAAUCAACGAAACAUUUGACAAAAGUAGUUUGGCUUCCAUAACAGACGGUGUGCUUUCAAAAGAUUUAUCUCCAGCAUCCACCACUGAUACUGAGGAUUUGACUUUCCAACAGGAUGAGGAAUUGGCAAUGCGUGAGGCGGCACUGCAGCAGCAACAGCUGCAACAACAGAUACCCUCAAAUCGCUCAUCAGCUAUUAUUAUGGAAACCAUAAUUGAGGCCAAAGAAACUUCAUCACCGAAAAAGAAUGCAUCCGGACAUACCAUGGAGACUCUACACGCAACCAUAGAGAAACAAAAAAUGUUGCUCGAAACGGUGAAUGAGCAUGGCGAAGUUGAGAAGGGCACAUUUGUGAAAUUAUCCGAUAUGGAUAAACCUACAAAGUUCGAACUACACUCACCCGAGUCGAUGAGUAAGAGUGUGGGCAAUCAUCGACAAAUCAAUCGGCUAUUUCGGGACGAUUCGAAAACGCGUCCACACUCCUGGACCAUGACACGUUCUCAAGGCAAUAGUUUCCUUAGCAUAACAAAUUCGGUGGAGAACUUGCGCAGUUUGUCACGUCUGUUUCCGAACUUUUCGAAAGAAUUCUCCAACUCAUUGCCGAACGACAUUAUCUGUGAUCAAAUGGACUACAUACAAACGGAUAUCAGCGGCGAUUCCAGUCUAGCUUCGAGUAUCAGUCGUUCCGGUAUGGACGAGUCUUCUAUAUCGUGCCGUCAACCACGUAGAUUGGGUGAGGAUUUAUUGAAAAUGUUCCUGCAAGAGAUUGCCACCGACAUGAUUGUCGAAGUGCACGGUCGGCGCAUCAAGGCGCACAAAUGUAUUCUACGCUCGCGCUGUCAGUAUUUUGCGGCCAUGUUGGCUGGUAGUGGCGCACAGAGUGUGGUCUCACUACAGGGUUAUUCCUACUCCGCCGUACAUUUUGCAUUGUGUCACAUCUAUUCCGGAGCUUCGCAUCCGCCCGAUGGCAUUAGCUUGAUGGAGUUAGCUGCUUUAGCAGAUCUUCUCGGCUUAGAGGGCCUGAAGGAAGUUACUGCGCACGCCUUGAAGACGAACUACUGUCACAAUUUUCACAAACCCUGUUCGGGUUGUAUAGAUGGCAUACUACAGGUCUUGCCUGUAGCAUUGACCCACUCGCUAGAUGAUUUGUAUCGCAAAUGCUUGCGUUGGACUUGUCGCCACUACAUGAAAGUAUGGCCAACUCGUCAGUUUGCUCAGUUGCCAGCAGAUAUAUUGGGACGUUGUCGGCAGCAAAUAGUUGCUUAUAUGACAUCGGAGAGCGUGUUGGACACAGUACUCGAUUGUGAUAACUUACUGACACAGUUGGCGACCUAUCGCUGGGGCGGUAUUUGUGAGAGUCUUGUACGUGAUAUAUUGGACGCCGCCUAUACCUAUAUUGCCGAUCACUUUGCCAGCCUGAUAGCGAGUGACUCGUUCCUAUCGCUCGGCCACGAUCGCAGUUGUCACAUACCGCGUCUGGAGAGCGUUCUAUUGCGCACAGCGUCGUCGCUCACACCAGAUCAGGCAUGCCGCAGCUAUCAGCGUGUGACACGCCUCAACACUGUGUUGCAGGCGAAAGUCAUACAAAUGCCGGCGAAUCUCGGUGAAUUGGCUAAAGAGUUGCAGGGCUUGCAAGAGGAGGACUUGGAUUGGGAUUCGGAGUAUAUUCGUUUGGUGAGCGCCAUACUCUCCGCGGUGGAACAAUGUCUCAUUCGACAGUGUUCCCGUGCUAUGCGUGUGACUGCUUGGCAGCGUAUGGAUCUCGAUUUGCGUAAAAAGAUACAGACAUUGGCACGUCUCACCGAACCUAUGGAUCUGAAGCGCAGCAAACCAGUUUCGAAAGCGUUCACCUUUAGUGGUAGCACACGCAACCAGGACCUGUAUCAGGUUAAGUUGGCUAUACAGGCGCAUUCGAAGCGCGCUAUGGCGCAGGAUACACAACUCUACAAGGCAACGCAGACGCAGGAAGCGGGUAAUGUACAGACCACAGAGCGCGGUGUGCAAGCCAACAACGAUAUACGUGAAGGCACAAGUAAAAUUCUUAAAUCGAACACCCGCGUCCAUGUGCCUCAAGCGCUGCGCGCCAGCUCACAGAGUGCCACCACUUCUGAACGCAACAGUUUGAACACACAUCGCCGCACUCAAUCCGAAGCGCCAAUGCAUAUAAAUAAAGUCGUCACAACCGCGCCAGCGUUGCCACCAAAACCAACGAGCGCCGAGGUAAAGAACGACACGAACAAGAAAACGGUACCGCGUUUGUCUGAGGUGCGCCCUCGUUAUUUGGAGCCACGCAAAGUGCACGCGCCAGCAGGAUUCGGCAACGGUCCAGUACGUAGCGCCACAAGUUCCAGCAUACCGGCCACCAGCAAGGGUAAAGGCCGUCAGAUCUCAUCUAGCGAUAGUUCCCGCACUUCCAGUCCAGCCGCGCGUAAAACCGCUAACCUAAUCGGACGCAAAUCCAUUAAUAUGUCGCUGGACAGUUUGGCGUCGCCAUCGCGUCGUGGCCGUACCAUGCGUAUGAAGGCCGCCGACAAUGCUGACCGUUUAUCGGAUCGUGGCGGUGAUUCGCUCGGUGACAGCAUGAAAAGUUCAGUGAUGACAAAUAAAGCGAUAUCACAGGAAUCACUUUCGAGCGUAACUAAGCUGUCACGUUCGAAUCCGCUCAUUGGUAACAGCGGCAAACAGUCGGCAGCUGUCGGCAGUAAGUCGCAAAACGGCAAGAUGGCUAAUGGAAUUGUGAAGACGAAUCGCGCUGCGAGCAUCGGCACCAAACCUCCGAAGCAUUUGCAACAGCAAAAUAUAAAGUCAACCGGCUCGAGUCCCUCGUCGGUGACCACAAACAAGUCAGCGGCCAGCCGACUCUCAUCUGUUUCAUCCACACACUCAUCGCGCGAUAUGUUUAAAAACCGUUCGAUAUCGAUGCCGGGUCAAUCAGCGUCACAGGGCACUGCUGCUGGUGGUCAACACACAGCAGGCUCUGGCGGUGGACCACGUCAUAGUUUCCUAUCGGCCAAAUCGCGUGAGAUACUCGCCAAACGCGCGGAGAAAAACAAAUUACAACAGCAACAACAAACCGCCAAUAGCUCCGGUGAUGAACGGAGCAAUACGAACGCCGUCCCUGCACCCACCAAUAAUCAGCAGCAACAUCAACAAAAGCAACAUCAUCCGCACACCGGUCCAAUUCGUUCCGCCUCACACACAGCCGUCACAGCGACGGCCAAUGCUAAUUAUACGCGCAAUUCGCUGCCAUCAAAUAUACCGACACGUCGCCCCAACUCGUUACAACUGAAGAAAACAACAACAAAUAAUCAAAUAGCUAGCAAUAAAAAUAAUAAUACUGUCAAUCAAAUGGCACAUUUGAAUAAUAAAAACAAAAUCAUUAACGCCACCAAUGGUGUGUUGAAGGCAGCGCAUGCGGUCAAGCAGAAAAUCGAAUUGUUCAUCGAUACGUCCACGUCAGCGGCUGGCCGCGGUGAGAAGGCAACGCCGCCACCACCAACUCAACCGACUCAAAAAUGCAACGACCAACAAUCGCAACAGACACGUGUCGAAACGAAAUUGGAGCGUUCGAGUACGUUUUGCAAGGAGUCCUCCGACAUGGACAUCAAUGAAUUGCAGAUUAUUGAGUAGAGGAAGUUUAAUGCGAAGUGGCGAGAGCUCAACCGCAAAUGAGUUUACCACCACGAGAACAGGAGAAGAAUUCUGCAAUAUCAUCUACAUGGAGGCUGGAAACGCGAGGAGCAUCUCUACGAACGUUUUGGUCGAAACGACUACUCUAGUCAAUAACAAUGGAAAAUUGCUAGCUAUGAAAGACAAAUUGAAAAGGCGGCACAUGCAGAACAUAUGGAAAUAUAUAUAUAUAUAUAUACUUAUACGUAGUUGUCAAUAAUCUAAAAUUUGCGUAAACCUGGAAAUAACAGCAACUUUAAUCAAAAAGCCCGAAAGCUAUUUGAAACCUAAAAAAACAUGCAGUAAAACUAUGCAACAACAAUUAUCCAUGCAUAACUAACACAUAUUUACAUACAGUAGAUGCAUAUACACAAUAGUAGUUGGUUGCGUAAAAAAAUUUGUUAUUUGAAGAACAAAAAAUUAUGAAAAUUAGUACUGUUUGUUACCGCAAAAUAUCCCUCCUCCACAGAGCCCAUACAAUAUAGGCAAAUAUUAUAAAUAACCAGAGCUGUGUGCACAGCGGUUAGCAAGCUGCGAAAUGGCGAAGAAUAAGAAAUUAUAAUAAUUACUUGAGAAAAUUGAAAAAUGAAUUUCAAACAGGGUCGACCGAUUGAAGUUAAUGUUUUACAAGUAUAGUUGAAAGGUAGACUUUCGUGAUAUUAUUUACAAUGCAAUGCUUCGUUUCUUUUUUGCAGAAAGUGCAAGCAAACAUACAUACAUACAUAUAUAUAUGUAAAUGCAUACAUAAUCUUAUGUGUGUUUUAGGUUUUUUAACUUUUGAGUUUCAUCUUCGAAAUACCAA